AUGGUUAGAGUUGUUGAAAGAUCACGACUUGAACAUUUUGUAUCAUCCUGGGGGGCGAAUAUUGCUGCUGAUGCAUUGAGCCGGAAAUCUAUGGAUGGAGAGUUAGUGGGAGUCACACCCGCGCGAUCUGAUAUUUCAGAGAGAAUCAAGUCCAAGCAAUACGAAGAUGGACCAUUGGUGAAACUGCGAGAUGGAAUGGAAAAGGUCGAGUACACUUUAUUCACAGUUGGGGCUGAUGACUAUGUCCUAAGGCUGCAGGGACGUCUAUGUGUUCCCGAUGUUGAUGGAUACACCAAGAUGUAUAAAGAUUUGAUGCAUCACUAUUGGUGGAGGAGCAUGAAGGUUAAGGCUGAACAUCAAAGGCCUGGAUGCCUUGCUCGGAAUAUCAAAAUUUCACAAUGGAAGUGGGAGGUGAGCAAUAUGGAUUUUGUUGUGGGUUUACAGCACACAAAGGCCAAGUUUGAUUCAAUUUGGGUGAUCGUGGAUAGACCCACAAGGUCUAUCCAUCUUCUUCAUGUGAAGAUGACAGAUACCGCGGUGCAGUAUGCCAAGUUAUAUCUAAAGGAGAUAGUUAGAUUGCAUGGGAUUCCGACAUCCACCAUAUCUGAUAGACGUACGCAAUUUACGGCUCAUUUAUGGAAAUAG